UUGUAACAGUCUUUAGAGCCUUCAGUGGAACCUGGAUACAUUUCUAACAGUCUUCAGAAACCUCUGUAACAUCAAAGCGUCAGUGCCUCGCGGGCUCCUUCACGGUCAUCACGUCACCCACUCUCUUUCUUUUGACCAUCUCUUUAAACGUCGCUCUCCCGCUCCCGUGAGACCACAGCGAGGCUCGCGGGGUAGAGUUACAGAUGGGGGGAGGGGGUAGAGAGACAUAGACAAAGAGGAGGAGUGGGGAGAGAGAGAGAGGGAGGCUCGCGUGCCUGUGUGAGGUUGAAAAGAGGGAGAGGUAGAGAGAGGUAGGCUCGUGCAGGAGGAGGUGGAUCCCUGUGUAGUGGAGCAGCUUAAGCUAAAGCUAACUAGCCAUGUUGCUGUCGCCGCUGCUGUUGCUCCUUCCGUUGCUGGUGGUGUGUGUCUGCUAGCGGCCGCCCUGGACUCCCUAUCCGCCCUGAGGUGCAUCAUGCCCGGCUGGAAGAAAAACAUCCCGGCCUGCCUCCAACCGGACCAGGAGGGAGAUGAAGGGCCGUACACGAAACACUCCGCCGGGUCGCGACCUCCAGAUGGAGCGCUGGCCAUCAGGAGGCAGAGUAUACCAGAUGAGUUUCGGGGAUGCACGGUGGUGGAGUUGAUGAAGAAGGAGGGGACGACGCUCGGGCUGACAGUUUCAGGAGGAAUCGACAAAGAUGGGAAGCCUCGAGUUUCAAAUCUGCGGCAGGGAGGCAUCGCGGCCCGGAGUGACCAGCUGAACGUGGGCGACUAUAUCAGGUCUGUCAACGGCAUCAACCUGGCCAAGUUCAGACACGAUGAGAUCAUCAGUCUGCUGAAGAACGUGGGUGAACGGGUCGUCUUGGAGGUCGAGUACGAGCUGCCGCCUGUCUCGGUGCAGGGGUCAGGGGUCAUGUUUAAGAAUGUGGAAGUCACGCUUCACAAAGAAGGAAACAGCUUUGGUUUCGUCAUCAGAGGUGGAGCCCAUGAAGACAGGAACAAGUCCCGUCCCAUCGUCAUUACAACCAUCCGGCCAGGCGGCCCAGCAGACCGGGAAGGAACCAUCAAGCCAGGUGAUCGGUUGUUAAGCAUUGAUGGGAUUCGUCUCCAUGGCAGCACACUUUCAGAGGCCAUGAGCAUCCUGAAGCAGUGUGGACAGGAGGCCACGCUGCUGAUUGAGUAUGACGUCUCCGUGAUGGACUCUGUUGCCACGGCAUCAGGGCCGCUGCUGGUUGAAGUUGCCAAGGCGGCAGGGUCUAGCCUGGGUGUGGCCCUGUCCACCUCCAUGUUCUGCAACAAGCAGGUCAUCAUCAUCGACAAGGUCAAACCAGCCAGUAUAGCAGACAGGUGUGGUGCUCUUCAUGCAGGAGAUCAUAUCCUGUCCGUUGAUGGGAAGUCGAUGGAGUUUUGUUCCCUGGCUGAAGCCACUCAGCUGCUUUCUGCUUCCUGUCAGACCGUCCGCUUGGAGAUCCUGCCACAACACCAGACCCGACCAGCCCUGAACGCACCACAGCACGUCAAGGUGCAGCGUAGUCCCCGCCCCCUCCCCUGGGAGACCGGAGGCUCUGCCCCUAUCCUCCCCCCCUACCACUACAACACGUACCACCCUGACCAAUCAGGCGCCAGAUCGCACAACCGCCAUACAAACAAUCCUCCGCUCAGCCACUCCUUCUCUCCAGGCUCCAUGUCGGCCUAUAGCCUCUCCUCCCUCAACAUGAGCACCCUGCCCAGGAACAUGUAUCCCACAAGUCCACGGGGCACACUGAUGAGGAGGAAGGGCAAGAAAAAGGACUUUAAGAGCUCCUUGUCCCUGGCGUCCAGCACUGUGGGUCUGGCCGGUCAGGUAGUCCACACGGAAACCACCGAGGUGACGCUGCUUGGCGACGGCAUCAUGGGGUUUGGCCUGCAACUGCAGGGAGGAGUGUUCGCCACGGAAACGCUGUCAUCCCCGCCACUUAUUGCCUACAUCGACCCCGACAGCCCCGCUGAGAGGUGUGGCAUCCUGCAGAUCGGUGACAGGAUCUUAUCCAUAAACGGCGUUCCAACCGAAGAUUCGACCCUUGAAGAAACCAAUCAGCUUCUCAGAGACUCGUCCAUCACUGCUCAGCUCACACUGGAAAUUGAGUUUGAUGUAGCUGAGUCAGUCAUCCCCAGUUCAGGGACGUUCCACGUAAAGCUCCCAAAGAAACCAGGAGUGGAACUGGGAAUCACCAUCAGCUCUCCGUCCAACAGGAAACCAGGUGAUCCUUUGAUCAUCUCGGACAUCAAAAAAGGCAGCGUCGCACACAGGACGGGGACGUUGGAGCUGGGAGACAAGCUGCUGGCCAUUGAUAACAUCCGUGUGGAGAACUGCUCCAUGGAGGAAGCUGUUCAGAUCCUCCAGCAGUGUGAGGAGCUCGUCAAACUGAAGAUCCGCAAAGAUGAAGACAACUCUGAUGAACAGGAGGUGUCUGGCAGCAUCAUUUACACAGUGGAGCUUCAACGCUAUGGUGGUCCGCUGGGAAUCACCAUCUCAGGCACCGAGGAGCCCUUCGACCCCAUCAUCAUCUCCUCUCUGAGCAAGGGGGGGCUGGCAGAGAGGACUGGUGCGAUCCAUGUAGGCGACCGUAUUCUUGCGAUCAACAGCAGCAGCCUGAAGGGGAAACCUCUGAGUGAAGCCAUCAGUCUGCUGCAGCAGGCGGGCGAGACGGUCACGUUGAAGAUCAAGAAGCAGGGAGAACUGUCAAGCCCAAAGUCUUGCGUGAUUGGUUCGGGUCUGGGGCCAGGAGUGGGGCCUAACCUGGAGAACCAGGAUGGGGAGGAGGAGCCUGUUGUCAUGGUUGCACCUCCGACAAGCCAGAGAGCAUUCAGCACACUGCCGUCCGUGGACAGCGCUGUGGAGUCCUGGGAUGGAUCCAACAUGGACAGCAGCUUCACCACCCCAGCUCCUACUUUUCAGUCGUCACUGUACAGUUUCCACGAGUGGCGCAGCGCCAAGACAAGCAACAGCCAAUCAUCAUCUUCCACUCGCCAGAGAGCCAAUCCACUGUCGGAUCUGGGUCUGAAUGACGAUGAUUGGGACCGCCCACCUCUCGGAGGAGGCUGUAAUCUGCCCAGCGGUCUAAUCUCUGACAGCAGGUUUAAUGUGGGACAUGAUGGGACAGAACCAGACCAGGAGGAGAACUUCUGGUCUCAGGCUCUGGAGGACUUGGAGACCUGUGGACAGAGCGGCAUCCUCAGAGAGCUGGAGGAGUCUGGAAAGGAGACACACCUCCUCACUCUGGCUACCAUCAUGUCAGGCUCCACCCUCAGUCUAAACCAUGAUCCCACCCCUCUGCGGAGCACACUGGGACGCCAGGCGAGUUUCCAGGAGCGCAGCAACUCCAGACCACAAGUGACUCCUCGAUCCAACACCUUGCCCUCUGACCCUCAGCGCCGAGCCUUCGCCAUGAGGAAGAUGAGACAGGAAGUAAAUGACAUCCUAAACCAGAACCCUGUGGAACUUCACAAGCUCACUCUGGAGAAGGCGACAGACCUGGAGGAUUUUGGUUUCAGCGUUUCUGAUGGAUUGCUGGACCGCGGCGUCUAUGUUAAUAACAUCCGACCCGGAGGCCCAGCGGAACGGGGUGGUCUCAAAGCCUAUGACCGAAUACUACAGAUUAACCAUGUGCGGACCAGGGACUUUGACUGCUGCCUUGUAGUUCCCCUGAUUGCAGAGUCUCCAAACCGCUUGGAGCUUGUAAUCAGCCGAAACCCUUCAUCCUCUUCCUCCUCUACCCUGAUGGCCAAUCACACCGAUGGCACAACCAACAGCAGCCACCCCUCUCAGCUAGUUGGCAGUGACCUGGGAUCCUCAGAGCUCUCUGUUGGCCAGGGAGAGGACAGUGGUCCAAUUAAGUGGAGCCAACCAGGAGAUGGCUUUGGGACAGGGAUUGGGAUGGGGCAGGUUACAAACAAUUCCUUAUAGCAGACAAAAAUUAUGUCACACUGGAUUCAACCACACCAGACUGGAGAGAUCGUGAGGAAAAAGGGGACAACAAAGUUGAAUCAAACUGAUUUAAAACUGGUUUAAACUGGUUCGGAGUAGACCGCCCAUGGUGCUACACACACCCUCUGGAUGACCUUUGACUACUAUAGUUUGACCCUUGAACUGCUAAAGCAGCCUGAAAGCACAGUGAUGGACUGGAGCAACUCCACACCUUUUAACCUGAACCAGUUCUGUAUACUGGUAUUACUAGUGUCACUGGAACCAGAAUUCUAAUGAUCCUAUUAUAGCCACAACUGGGGCUACUGGCCUACCUGGUCUAAGAUUAAUAGUUAUUGGUCCUUCUAGCCCAGAGCCAGUGCUACUGGUUCUACUGAAGCCACAACUACAGCCAAUAGUCUUAACGGUCUACAAGCCGAGAAAUAUAUCCCUAUGAAGUCAGUGCCGCAGCCAAUGGUCUUACUCUUUUAAGAUUGAUGGUUACUGGUUCUAGAAGCCUAGAAUUCUAGGUUGAAGACACAUGGGUUCUGGAAUUAUGGUUCCAGGUUCCACCAAAGUCCUACUAAACAAGCACCUGAGCCAAUAGUCUUAGCAUACCAAGACACACAGGUACUGGUCUUAGUGGGAUCAGGACAAUGGCUAUUGUUUCUAGUGAAACCAGAGGCUAAUCUAGUUGUCUUACUGGUCAAAGCAUGGUUCAUGUUUGUGGUCUCACUGGCCAAGGAACUAUGGAUACUGUGCCAUUGCCAUGGCCAGUGCUUGGGGAAGUCCAUCCUGGAUCCUGGGCCUACUAGAACCAGAUUUGUGGCAUUUGGCCGAGAUCCACAGCAGCACAAAGACUGAUGGGACACUAGUCCAGAUACCGAAACCUGCUGAUGGGCAUAACAGUUGCCAAGGAGACUAGGGAUGCUCUGAUCAGUGUCUACAUCUGAUGAUAUUACUGAACAUAUACUGAUUACUAAAUCCUUAUGCUUGUGUAUAAGAAAUCCUUAUGAAAGUCUUCUAUUUGAUAUUUAACCAGCUGAAAUAACUGGUCCUCAGUACACUAAAAAUUAGAUUGUUCAGAAUGCAGAAGACGGUAAGUCUGAAUUUACUGAAGGUGUAAGUUUUCCAAGUAGUUAUGCUUGACAUUGGAAGGUUGAUGGAAAGGUAGUUUUAGGCACUGCCCCACAUAGAAUUAAAGAAAGAAGCUUUCGAACAAGAAGGUACAGAUCCCACAAGAAACCGGUAUCAGAAGGUUGGUUUAAGAGAUGAGAAUAAAAAUGGUUCUGGUUAACUGCAGGUUUUGAAGAAAGGGUAUAAGUGGAAAUGACGAUAGAAAGAGAGUUCGAGCUCAAAAAUGGUUGGGAUUAGGUGAGGUUUGGCAAGUAUACAAGGUUGGAUUCAUAAGGUUAUGAUGAGAUGUACCUCCUUAAAAUAAAUGCUCAACAUGACAUGGAAACCUGAAGAGAUAUCCAAAUUAAACAGUACAAAAGGAAAGACCUCCUUAGCUAGUUCGUCUGGCAACCCAGAGAUUUAUUCCUGUGGGCAUUACCAGGUGUAGUUUUUCAUGAUAACCAGAUAAAAUUCAGACACUAAGGCUCACUAGUUUGGUUUAAAUAUUUGGCAGAGGUUGACAGACAGCUUUGAGGGGUUUUAACAUUGUUGCAUUCUUAUUUACCAUUCUAUUGGAAAAAUAAUAACUAGCACUUAGUCAAGUUUGAUUAUGCACUUUACUGAACUAAAACUGUACAAGGUUUGGCUUGUACUUUGGCUCCACUGUUGAACGGCUGCUAUAUUUUAUGUAACCUGCUCUCUAUCACUUUAAUUUCCUAAAUUCUCCAUAAAUUACAACUGACAGUUCUAAUAUUUUAUGACGCCAUUCACAAAAUUUACAUUAUUACUAACCAUUGCCGCUAUACAGAUGAAUAAUAUGAGAAAAGUUAGCAUUUGAGCAGAGAUGUUGGUCUCUGGAUGAACACUGUUUUAAAGUUUUAAACCAGAGCUGGACAUUGAAACAUGAUACUUGUAGGAGCCAUUCUUGGGUUAAUACCUUAUGUGGUCGCUAGAGGUCACCUUUUGCUGUUUUGAUCAUGUCUACAAUUCUGGUUUUUACUGAGCAGGAAAACCUGCAGCUGCAUAUAUAUUUAUGUUUGUUGCGCCUCAGCUUGAAGCUAGUGAAAAGACAGAGAUAAGGUGCUUUCGGACCAGAGAAAUUUUUAUUGGUCUUGUUAAACAAGCCUUUGUUAGUUUUUUUAGAUACACAUGAUAUGCACGAUUGGAGAACCGCUAGCCAUCACUAAAGUUCUAAAAGAAAUUCGAGUAUGGUUAGAAAGGAAUACUAAAAAUUUGACAGAACACAACUCAAAACAUUUCAACACAUAAAUCACUGUGGUAAAGAGUUUAGGUUAAAAUUUGCAGAAGGUAAUUGCAAAAAAGUACAUUUAAAAAGCCUGCAUAAAAAUGGGUGUAACAUCAGCUGAGUAUAUAAAACUCUUAGCGAUUAAAAAAUGGAGCAAAGCACAGAGAAAUAAUUUUACCUUGGCUCUGUGUGAGGGCAAGGUAAUUUGAUUUUUCAUGUAUACUUAAUGCUAUUCAGCUUUUACAUCACUUUUGCAUAUCUAUGCUCCAGGAGGAGGCCAUGAGAAACUGGGACUGGUGUGGAGCUCUGCACCAAUGAGCUUAUAAAGAGAAAAAAAUUAUAUUGAGCAGAACUUAUUUCAGCUUAUUGGUGCAGCCCUCCAAAACAGUCCCAGUUUAGCAUGUGUCCCCUUGUGAAAAUAAAUUGUCCAUCUUUGGUAUGUAGGCAGUUUGAAUAGAAAAGAAUCUGCAAACCAUGCUUAGCUUAGUAUAUCUGGAAAGUGUAUUUUGGAAAGCUAUACAUCUUUGAUGCUUUUUGGUCCAAAAGUGCCUAUAGUCCAUAUCUUCUUAGGAAUUUGGGAAUGCAUUGCCUCCCAUUAAAAGUAACAGUUUGAAAUAUUUUGUGGAAAACCAUCUAUUAAUGGCUACUUCCUAUAAACAUGUUUCUUAAUUAUGCAGUUUCUAAUUUAAAUUUUUGGCAAGCUAAGUUAAAACAAAAAACACAAAAAAGGAAACUCUGCAACACUGGGCACACUCCAUCUGCUAAGGGAGAACAUGUGGUAGGAUCCAAAGCUUCAGAACAGCUACUUUAUAUGCUUUAAUAUGUCAACUAGAGAAAUUUGUUUAUAUAUAAUAUAAAGGACAAUAUCAUUAUGUUUUUUUAAA